CUGGGUCUGGCAGCUCAAGCUGUUUAUAACACGAGCUGUCUUGCCGCUCGAGCAAAGUGCAAAGCAAACCGCCUCUCUCUCUCUCUCUCUCUCUCUCUCUCUCUCUCUCCAAAAGGGAAGGGAAGGUUUAAAAGCAGAGCAGAAAACCCUGAAAGAGAGAGAAAGAAUAUCAGGCUAAAGAGAUUUUAAUGUUCACCAACCGCCUUUAAAUCUUUUUUCUUUUAUUCAACCAAACACGUCUUUAGCUUCACAAACACUUUCUUCUCGUCUCUACGAAUUCACAUCAUCUUCUUCUUUAAUUUCUCUGCGUCUUGAACAAUGAAUAAGUCAGAGAUUAUGAAGCUCCAGACUUUUGUUUUUAGAGUGAGCAUAGACUGUGAUGGCUGUAAACACAAAGUGAAGAAACUUCUCCAGAAAAUCGAUGGGGUGUAUAGUACCUCCAUUGAUGCAGAGCAAGGGAAGGUGAUGGUGACAGGGAAUGUGGAUCCAGCCAUAAUAGUCAAGAAACUCACCAAGUCAGGAAAGCAUGCGGAGCUAUGGGGAGUACAGAAAGCAAACCCAAACAACAUUCAGAAUCUCAUCAAGAGCAUGCAGCAGCAGCAGCAGCAGCAGCUCGGUCAUGGCGGAAAAGGCGCUCAAAAGGGUUCGAAGGAUCAACAAAAAGGAGGCGGCCACCAUCACCAACAGCAACAGCAAAUGAGAGUAUCUAGUAAGGAUCUGAUGAACAAGUUGCCAUCACUGAAGGAUCAGAAAUCCGUCAAGUUCGACUUGCCUGACGAUGAGUUUGAUGAGUUCGACGACGAGGAUUUUGACGAUGAAGAUGAGUUCUAUGAUGAUGAUGAGGAGGAGGAGUUUGUUCAUGGUCAUGGGCAUGGACAUCAUUUGCCAAACAAGAUGGUACCCAUGAUGGGUAAUGGGCAAAACGUAAUGAUGAUGAAUGGGUCUGCUGCAGGGAAUGGUAAAAAUGGAAAGAAAGGAGGUGUAAUUGACAUACCCAUACAGAUGAAGGGGAGUAGUAAAUUACCGGAGGGUAAAAAUGGAAAGGAAGGGAAAAAAGGUGGAGGAGGAGAUAAAAACAGUAAGAGCAAAGGCGGAGGAGGAGACAAGAACGGUAAAAAAAGUGAAAAAGAUGGUAAAAGUGGCGGCGGUGGAGGUGGAGGUGGGUUAUUAGGGUUCAUGAGGAGGAGUAAAAGUGGAAGAGAGAGUGGCGAUAGUAAUAACAAGGGUGGCUAUAGUAAAAAUAAGGGCAGUGUUGGCGGAGGCGGCAAUAAAGGCGAUGGGCCUAAGAAGGGCGGCAAAGGGGGCCACGAAAUGAGUGGCAAAAUAAAAAAUGCGUUCCAUGAAAUUGAUAUUUCCGCUCCUGGCAAAUCCGGUAAAGGCAAUAAUGGUGGUGGGGGCAAGAGUAUGGGCCAAAUGGGUAAUUACCCGAUGAAUCAAAUGGGUAAUUACCCGAUGGGAAAUGUUCCAGCGGUGCAAGGUCUACCUGCAGGUGCAGCAAUCAACGGUGGAUAUUAUCAAGGGAAUCCCUACAAUCAACAGUACAUGCAGAUGAUGAUGAUGAUGAAUCAACAACGUCCGCAUCCGAAUCCGAAUCCGAAUCCGAAUCCGAACGAUAUGUACCAGCCAAUGAUGUACGCCCGGCCUUAUCCGGCAGUAAACUACGCGCAUCCAACGCCAAUGCCGCCGCCGCCGCCUCCGGCCACCGAUUCGUAUACUCAUUUCUUCAGUGAUGAGAAUACCAAUAGUUGCAGUAUCAUGUAAAAAUUGGUAAGAGUAAUGGCAGAAUUAGGUUAUGUUUUUUGCUUUUAAUAUUUGGGAUAUGUGUUUUUAAUUUUGAAGUGGUGAGAUUAUACAGAAAUGCAAGGUUGAAAAUUGCAUUAA